GCCCCCCACGCCUAGCAGGAGCUAUAUAAGGCGGAACGAGGCAGUCGAGGGGGGCAGCGCAGCCGAGCGGAGCCCAGGAGAGGAGAGACAGAGAGAGAGAGAGAGAGAGCCUGAGCGAGAGACGGGGAAGCAAGCAGGAAGAAGCCACCGGUGCGUCGGGACGGGAACGCAGGUGUUCGGAGCACCCGAGCUGGAGCCCUGCAGCCGCUAGUCAUGUACCGCUCCACCAAGGGCGCCUCCAAGGCGCGCCGCGACCAGAUCAACGCUGAGAUCCGGAACCUCAAGGAGCUCCUGCCUCUAGCUGAAGCGGACAAGGUCCGGCUCUCCUACCUGCACAUUAUGAGUCUUGCUUGCAUCUACACUCGCAAGGGCGUCUUCUUCGCUGGAGGCACUCCUCUGGCGGGCCCCACAGGGCUUCUCUCAUCUCAAGAGCUUGAAGACAUAGUGGCCGCACUACCUGGAUUUCUACUUGUGUUCACAGCUGAGGGGAAGCUGCUAUAUCUGUCUGAGAGUGUGAGCGAACAUCUGGGCCACUCCAUGGUGGACCUCGUUGCCCAGGGUGACAGUAUCUACGACAUCAUUGACCCAGCUGACCACCUAACUGUGCGCCAGCAACUCACCCUGCCCUCUGCCCUGGACACCGAUCGCCUCUUCCGCUGCCGCUUCAACACUUCCAAGUCCCUCAGGCGCCAGAGUGCAGGCAACAAACUGGUGCUUAUUCGAGGCCGAUUCCAUGCUCAUCCACCUGGAGCCUACUGGGCAGGAAACCCUGUUUUCACGGCUUUCUGUGCUCCACUGGAGCCAAGACCUCGCCCUGGCCCUGGCCCUGGCCCUGCCUCACUCUUCCUGGCCAUGUUCCAGAGCCGUCAUGCUAAGGACCUGGCCCUACUGGACAUCUCUGAGAGUGUCCUAAUCUACCUGGGCUUUGAGCGCAGUGAACUGCUCUGUAAAUCAUGGUAUGGACUGCUGCACCCCGAGGACCUGGCCCACGCUUCUGCUCAACACUACCGCCUGUUGGCUGAGAGUGGAGAUAUUCAGGCAGAGAUGGUGGUGAGACUGCAGGCCAAGCCUGGAGGCUGGGCAUGGAUUUAUUGCCUGUUAUACUCAGAAGGUCCAGAGGGCCCCAUUACUGCUAAUAACUACCCAAUCAGUGACACAGAAGCCUGGAGCCUCCGCCAGCAGCUGAACUCUGAAAACACCCAGGCAGCCUAUGUUCUGGGCACCCCAGCCAUGCUGCCCUCAUUCCCAGAGAACAUCCUCUCUCAAGAGCAGUGUUCCAGCCCCAACCCACUCUUCCCCCCAGCCUUGGGAGCUCCCAGAAGCACCAAUUUCCCUAGUGCUCCAGACCUGGGUGCUGCCUCAACAUCAGAAGAGCUUCCUCAAUCCCAGAAAGAGUUGGGCUUUAGUUACCUGGCAUUCCCGUCUGGCCCUGAGCCUUCUCUUCAAGCAGACCUGAGCAAGGAUCUUGUGUGCACUCCACCCUACACACCCCACCAGCCAGGAGGCUGUGCCUUCCUCUUCAGCCUCCACGAGCCCUUCCAGACCCACUUGUCCACUCCAUCCAGCUCUCUCCAAGAACAGCUGACUCCAAGCACUGCCACCUUUUCUGAUCAACUGACUCCAAGCAGUGCAACCUUCCCAGAUCCACUGAUGAGCCCACUUCAAGGCCAGAUGACCGAAAGCUCAGCCAGAAGCUAUGAAGAUCAAUUGACUCCCUGCACCUCUGCCUUCCCAGACCAGCUGCUUCCCAGCACUGCCACCUUCCCAGAGCCUCUGGGCAGUCCUGCCCAUGAACAACUGACUCCUCCCAGCACAGCAUUCCAAGCACACCUCAACAGCCCCAGCCAAACCUUCCCAGAACAACUGAGCCCCAAUCCCACCAAGACUUACUUCACCCAGGAGGGAUGCAGUUUUCUCUAUGAGAAGUUGCCCCCAAGUCCUAGCAGCCCUGGUAAUGGGGACUGCACGCUCCUGGCCCUAGCCCAGCUGCGGGGCCCCCUCUCUGUGGAUGUCCCUCUGGUACCCGAAGGCCUGCUUACACCUGAGGCCUCUCCAGUCAAGCAGAGUUUCUUCCACUACUCUGAGAAGGAGCAGAAUGAGAUAGACCGCCUCAUCCAGCAGAUCAGCCAGUUGGCUCAGGGCAUGGACAGGCCCUUCUCAGCUGAGGCUGGCACGGGCGGGCUAGAGCCACUUGGAGGUCUGGAGCCCCUGAAUUCCAACCUGUCCCUGCCGGGGGCUGGUCCCCCUGUGCUCAGCCUGGACCUGAAACCCUGGAAAUGCCAGGAGCUGGAUUUCCUGGCUGACCCUGAUAACAUAUUCCUGGAAGAGACGCCCGUGGAAGACAUAUUCAUGGAUCUCUCUACCCCAGACCCCAAUGGGGAGUGGAGUUCAGGGGAUCCUGAGGCAGCGGUCCCAGGAGGGGCCUCAUCGCCUUGCAACAACCUGUCCCCAGAAGACCACAGCUUCCUGGAGGACCUGGCCACAUAUGAAACCGCCUUUGAGACAGGUGUCUCAGCAUUCCCCUACGAUGGGUUUACUGAUGAGUUGCAUCAACUCCAGAGCCAAGUUCAAGACAGCUUCCAUGAAGAUGGAAGUGGAGGGGAACCAACGUUUUGAAUAAGUCUGUGACUUAACGUCGUCAAGUAUGGCAUAUUGUCAUCAAGACGUGGAGCCGCUCUCCACCCCCCCCGGGACAGUUGGGGGGAUUCUGG